CUUCUCAUUCCUUUCUUCAGAUUUCGAAUCAAAGGAAAAAAGAAAUAAAUUAGGGUUAGGGCUUUGUAAGAAAAAGAAAGAUGAGUUCAACAGGAGGAUCAACCAAGGGAGGAAGAGGAAAGCCAAAGGCUUCAAAGUCCGUGUCCAGGUCACAGAAGGCCGGAUUGCAGUUUCCUGUUGGUAGAAUUGCUAGAUUUCUCAAGGCUGGAAAAUACGCCGAGCGUGUCGGUGCCGGAGCUCCCGUCUAUCUCUCUGCUGUCCUCGAGUAUCUCGCUGCUGAGGUAUUGGAAUUGGCUGGGAAUGCAGCGAGAGAUAAUAAGAAGAAUAGAAUAGUGCCAAGGCAUAUACAGUUAGCAGUGAGGAAUGAUGAAGAAUUGAGUAAGCUGUUGGGAUCUGUUACUAUUGCCAAUGGUGGUGUGUUGCCUAACAUUCACCAGACGUUGCUUCCUAAGAAGAUCGGGAAAGGCAAAGGAGAUAUGAAUUCUCUUUCUCAGGAGUUUUAGUGUUUUUGUUUUGUUUUGUUUUCUAUGCUAGGGGUUUUAUUAGUUGUAACAUAUGCUUCUCAUUUUUGGGGUUCUUUUUCCUUGUCCUGGAUCUUCAAGCAAUAUUAUGAUUACGUAUGAUUUGAGUGAA